GCCGUAAUACGUGUAAGGAUCUUCCCGUUUCAAACUUUCUUCUGAUCAAUUUUAACACCAGUGAGCGACUCAGAGGGCGGCGCGUGAGUUUAUCAGUAUGGCCACCGUGGAGAUAGAACGCGAGCGGGCGGAGAGUCCGAAAGAAGCAAAAGGCGACGAUGACGUUUCGCCGAUAGAGGAGGUUCGGAUGGUUGUGUCGAACGAAGACAAUCCGAACGAGCCGGUCUGGACGUUCCGCAUGUGGUUCCUGGGGAUCAUGGCGGUGGUGUUGCUCUCGUUCCUGAACACAUUUUUCGGUUACCGUAGCCAGCCGCUGACGGUGACGAUGAUAUCGGUUCAGGUGGCGACGCUUCCCAUCGGGCGCUUCAUGGCGAAGGUUCUCCCGAGAAGGAAGGUUCGGAUAAGAGGGAGAGAAUUUUCACUGAAUCCUGGCCCCUUCAACAGAAAGGAGCACGUGCUGAUAUCCAUAUUCGCGAAUGCGGGUGCCGCUUUUGGAAGCGGUUCUGCUUAUGCUGUUGGCAUUGUGGAUAUAAUACGCGCGUUUUAUGGGAGGAAGAUUACCUUCUUGGCUAGCUGGCUCCUGGUCUUGACCACACAGGUGUUAGGGUAUGGAUGGGCGGGGAUAAUGAAGAAGUACGUGGUGGAGCCCGCACAGAUGUGGUGGCCCGGUACUCUGGUCCAAGUCUCUCUCUUCAGAGCUUUGCAUGAGAAAGAAGGGAAGCGCAUGUCAAAAGAGAAAUUUUUUAUCAUCGCACUUACUUGCAGCUUCGCGUGGUACGUGGUCCCUGGCUACCUAUUUCCGACGUUGUCGAUUAUUUCGUGGGUGUGCUGGAUAUUUCCACACUCAGUUACUGCUCAUCAACUUGGGUCCGGCAAGAAUGGACUUGGUUUGGGUUCUUUUUCUCUUGACUGGACCACCAUUGCUUCAUUCCUUGGCAAUCCCCUUGUCACUCCUUUCUUUGCAAUAGCAAACGUCUUAGCGGGUUACAUUUUAUUCAUCUACCUCAUCAUACCCAUUGCAUAUUGGGGACUUAAUCUUUACAGUGCCAACAACUUUCCCAUAUACUCUUCUAAUCUAUUCACUUCCCAUGGAGACGAUUAUAAUGUUACGGUCAUUGUCAAUCAAAAGUUUGAGAUAGACAUGCAAGCAUACCAGAAACAAGGUCUAGUCAACUUGAGUGUCUUCUUUGCUGUUAGUUAUGGCUUUGGUUUUGCUGCCAUUGCCGCAUCCCUCACUCAUGUUGCCAUAUUUAACGGAAGGGAGAUAUAUGAACAAUUCCGAUCUUCACGAUCUGGAAAGGAAGACAUUCACACAAGACUGAUGAAGAAAUACAAGCCAAUACCUAAUUGGUGGUUUCAUGUGACGCUUUUAAUUUCCUUUGUACUUGCACUUUUACUGUGUACUGUCAUGAAAGAUCAGGUACAAAUGCCAUGGUGGGGUCUCAUCUUUGCAGCUGGCCUUGCACUUACUUUUACUCUCCCCAUUAGCAUCAUAACGGCCACCACGAAUCAGAGUCCAGGAUUGAAUAUCAUUACUGAGUACAUCAUGGGUGUGAUCUUACCGGGAGAACCAAUAGCAAACGUUUGUUUUAAGACAUAUGGGUACAUAAGUAUGUCACAGGCUGUUUCCUUUCUAUCUGAUUUCAAACUAGGACAUUAUAUGAAGAUUCCGCCUCGGUCCAUGUUCAUCGUUCAGAUUAUAGGGACUCUGAUAGCAGGAACCGUGGAUGUUGGUGUGGCUUGGUGGUUGCUAGGUUCAAUAAAGAAUAUAUGCAAACAAGAUUUACUGCCCGAAAACAGUCCAUGGACGUGCCCUGGUGAUCAUGUUUUCUUUGAUGCAUCUGUGAUCUGGGGUUUGGUUGGUCCAAGGAGGAUUUUCGGUACUCUAGGGAAAUACCAAAAGCUGAAUUGGUUCUUCUUUAUAGGAGCAGUGGGACCAGUUGUUAUAUGGGCACUCCGGAAAGUGUUUCCCAAACAACAUUGGAUAUCCUUAAUUCACCUCCCUGUACUUCUUGGAGCAACUGCAAACAUGCCACCGGCUAGCACAGUGAACUUCAAUUCAUGGAUUAUUGUUGGCACAAUCUUUAAUUAUUUUGUGUUCAAAUAUAGGAAGAAUUGGUGGGAGCGGUAUAAUUAUGUGCUAGCUGCAGCUUUGGAUGCCGGAUUGGCUUUCAUGACAGUUCUUAUAUACUUUGCAGUUACGAUGGAGGGUAAAGGCAUUCAAUGGUGGGGAACUGAUGAGCACUGUCCACUGGCGGAAUGUCCAACAGCAAAAGGUCUAAUUGCUGAAGGCUGUCCUGUCUUUUGA